ACAGCACAGACAGGUCGGGUGCGCUGACUCCAGGAACGACGGACAGAACUCAAAACCUGAAGUGUCAGCUGGUCGCUUUUCCCAGUUCCACUGCUCAGCCUUGUUUAGUCCGCUUUCCCCGAGCAGAGGUCAUGUCGAGCUGCCCCAUUCCCAGCCGAGCUGCUUCGAACCCACAGUGUUGGACUUCUCUGCCCGACUCCUACAGCCAGACCCCGGGCGGUACCGUGUUCUCCACCACUCCUGGAGGGACAAGAAUCAUCUAUAAUAGGAAUUUUCUCCUGGAAUUCCGCAACUCGCCAAUUGCACGAACUCCACCGUGUUGUCUCCCUCACAUUCCGGGUGUCACCAUGCCGUCCGCACACCCACUGGACAAGGUGUUGGAGCAGAACGAGGACUGUAAAGACCUCCCUGCUGAUGACAGUCAGUUCAUCCUGGACAUCUGAUGGUGCGAUACGGCUCCUGUGGAGAAGUUGUCUGUUGCACUCAUGAUCUGGGAAACCAUGGGGUUCUUCUUCUGUGAAACACCCAUGCUGUUUUGUGUUGUGUCGUAUUGAAAAAUGAAAUGCACCGGGAUUGUGGAAGAUUAUGGGUGGGAAUUUGAUAAUUUCAGUUAUCAAAAGGCAAAAUUCUGCUUUAUUUAAUUACAACUUUCCACUCAUCUGAAAGAUGGUAUUAUAAUGAGUUGGGAUUUUUUCCAAUAAAGAUUUUUAUACUGCUUCUCCAGUGGGUUGAAGUGGAGAGUUAAAACUCUGUUAGGGUGAUUUAGUCAGUACCUCGGGGUUUUUUUUUUUUUUGGUAAACUUUCUGUAUUUACUACCUUUCUAUUAUGUUUUAAUUCUCAUCUCAUCUCAUUAUCUCUAGCCGCUUUAUCCUUCUACAGGGUCGCAGGCAAGCUGGAGCCUGUCCCAGCUGACUACGGGCGAAAGGCGGGGUACACCCUGGACAAGUCACCAGGUCAUCACAGGGCUGACACAUAGACAGACAACCAUUCACACUCACAUUCACACCUACGGUCAAUUUAGAGUCACCAGUUAACCUAACCUGCAUGUCUUUGGAC